GUAGGUGCUUUAAAUAUGGAAAAGAGUCGCGAGCUGAAGCCGUUACGCUCGAGACGAGCGAGCGAGCGAGCAGGCGGGAAGGCGGCGGUUGUGUUUUGAAUUCGUUGUGAGGCGUUUAGCGGAGCUGAGAUCGCGCCGAGUGUCCGAGUGUUGACUGAGUUAUGACUGAGGGGGAGUUUUAUCUGACCGCAGUGUGUAGAGAGAGUGAGAUACCGCGGACUCCGGACAGAUAAUAACACCGAGCGGAUCACACACACAGUAACACUUCGGCGAAGAGUUUGUUCCUUCACUACAGAGAGAGAGAGAGAGAGAGGGAGAGAGAGAGAGAGAGAGAGAGAGAGAGAGAGAGAGACAGAGAGAGCAGUUUACCGCCACCGAGUCCAGGCGGCUCAGCGCCCUGACUGGACAGUGUGUUGGGGACUCUGAGAGACGGGGACAGUCUUCACCACCUUCAGAGGACACCUGGACACUCAGAGCGCGAGGCAAUGAGCGACAAGCACAAAGUGGACGACGAGGCAGUGGUGGACAGGGGAGCCUCGUACAAACACCUGUGUGAUGAAGAAGAGGUUGAGGGUCAUCACACAGUAUACAUCGGCGUUCAUGUGCCCAAGAGUUACCGUCGGCGGAGGAGACACAGGAGACGGUCCAAUCACAAGGAGAAGAGAGAACGGGUGACGGAAGGCGUGAGCGACAGAUCCGACGCUGAGAAUGCAGAUGACUCCGUCCCCAGCAUUCUCAAACCACUCAUCUCUCCAGCAGCUGAGCGGAUUCGCUUCAUCCUGGGAGAGGAGGACAGCGGGCCGCCCCCACCACAGCUCUUCACUGAGCUGGACGAGCUGCUCGCUGUUGACGGACAGGAGAUGGAAUGGAAGGAAACAGCCAGGUGGAUAAAGUUUGAGGAGAAGGUGGAGAAAGGUGGAGAGAGGUGGAGUAAGCCUCAUGUGGCCACUCUCUCCCUGCACUCGCUCUUUGAACUGAAGACAUGCAUAGAGAAGGGCACCAUCAUGCUCGACUUGGAGGCCAACUCACUGCAGCAAACUGUUGAGAUGAUCACAGAUAGUCAGAUAGAGAUGGGGCUGCUGAAGCCUGACCUGAAGGAGAAGGUCAUGUACACGUUGCUACGGAAACACCGUCACCAGACCAAGAAGUCCAACCUGCGCUCGCUGGCUGACAUUGGCAAAACUGUGUCCAGUGCAAGUAGGCUGUUUUCCAACCAAGAGAAUGUACGUAGUCCUCUUGACCCCUCUGUGCCUUGCUUUACCACCUUUGAAACAGAAGACCAAAUACAGAUGCAGAGAAGCAACAGCAUGGGCCUCCUCUGUAGUCCAACCACAGCCCACCGCAACCUGACCUCCAGCAGUCUGAGUGACCUCUCCGACAAGCCUGAGAAAGACCAGUUGAACAACAAGUUCAUGAAGAAGAUCCCUCGGGAUGCGGAAGCAUCCAACGUUUUGGUGGGGGAAGUGGACUUCCUGGACUCUCCCUUCGUGGCGUUUGUGCGACUGCAGCAGGCCGUCAUGCUGGGGGGACUCACUGAAGUCCCUGUACCCACUCGGUUCUUGUUUGUUCUCCUGGGGCCCAAAGGAAAUGCCAGGUCGUACCAUGAGAUCGGUCGAGCCAUUGCUACUCUCAUGUCAGACGAGGUGUUCCAUGACAUUGCCUACAAGGCCAAGGAUCGGGGCGACCUAUUGGCUGGCAUCGAGGAGUUCCUGGAUGAGGUCAUAGUGCUGCCCCCAGGAGAGUGGGACCCUGACAUCCGGAUUGAGCCCCCCAAAACGAUACCAUCUGCUGACAAACGUAAGAACAACCUGGCAGGUGGGGGUGGAGGUGGAGAUGGUUUCCAGAUGAACGGAGAUGCUCCUCAUGAAGGGGGUGCCGGAGGAGGAGGUGGAGGCCACCAAGUUGGUGACGAGCUCAAGUUCACUGGCAGGUUCUGCGGCGGUCUUAUUCUGGACGUAAAGCGAAAGCUGCCGUAUUUCGCGAGCGACUUCUACGACGCUCUGAACAUCCAGUCCUUGUCUGCCAUCUUGUUUAUUUACCUGGGUACCGUCACCAACGCCAUUACCUUUGGCGGGUUGCUAGGAGACGCCACGGAGAACAUGCAGGGUGUGUUGGAGAGUUUUGUGGGGACGGCGUUAGCGGGGGCAGUUUUCUGUCUGUUGUCCGGUCAGCCUCUCACCAUCCUCAGCAGCACCGGACCGGUGCUCGUCUUUGAGCGUCUUCUCUUCAACUUCAGCAAGGACAAUGGGUUUGACUAUCUGGAGUUCCGGCUGUGGAUUGGCCUGUGGUCAGGCUUCCUGUGUCUGGUCCUGGUUGCAACAGACGCGAGUUUCCUGGUGCAGUAUUUCACGCGCUUCACAGAGGAAGGCUUCUCGGCUCUCAUCAGCUUCAUCUUUAUCUAUGAUUCCUUCAAGAAGAUGCUGAAGCUCGCGCAUUACCACCCCAUCAACUCGCACUUCGACAGGGACCUGAUCACGCAGUACAGCUGCCACUGCACUCCGCCGGAGGCAGGCAACAAUUCUGUCCUGGAUGAAAAAAUAGAAACACUUCUCAACUCCACUGGACAGAAGCACUGGAAUGCCACCUGGUCGUCACUGUCUCGAUCGGAGUGUGUGGAGUGGGGUGGGGUUCUGAAAGGCGAAGCUUGUAAUUUUGUCCCUGACAUCACGCUGAUGUCAUUCAUCCUGUUCCUGGGCACGUACACCUGCUCCAUGGGCUUAAAGAAGUUUAAAACCAGCAGGUUCUUCCCUACAAUGGUGCGUAAGCUGAUCAGUGACUUCGCCAUCAUUCUGGCCAUUCUGAUCUUCUGCGGGAUCGACGCGCUGGUCGGAGUGGACACACCAAAGCUACUAGUGCCAAGUGAAUUUAAGCCCACCAGCCCGAACCGCGGCUGGUUUGUGCCCCCUUUCGGAGGAAACCCCUGGUGGGUCUAUCUGGCCUCCUCCAUACCCGCCCUCCUCGUCACCAUCCUCAUCUUCAUGGAUCAGCAGAUCACUGCUGUCAUCGUCAACAGGAAGGAACACAAGCUCAAGAAGGGAGCUGGGUAUCACCUGGACCUGUUCUGGGUGGCUGUGCUGAUGAUCCUGUGUUCGUUUAUGGGGCUUCCCUGGUACGUCGCCGCUACAGUCAUCUCCAUCGCCCACAUCGACUCCCUCAAAAUGGAGACGGAGACGUCCGCGCCGGGGGAGCAGCCCAAAUUCCUCGGAGUCAGGGAGCAGAGAGUAACUGGAGUGACUGUCUUCCUCUUGACUGGUCUGUCUGUCUUCAUGGCACCCAUUCUGAAGUUCAUUCCCAUGCCUGUGCUGUAUGGAGUGUUCCUCUAUAUGGGUGUGGCGUCUCUGAACGGAGUGCAGUUCAUGGAUCGUUUGAAGCUGCUGCUGAUGCCAGCGAAACACCAACCAGAUCUAAUCUACCUGAGACACGUGCCCCUCCGCCGAGUUCACCUCUUCACCUUCGUACAGGUUCUUUGUCUUGCCCUUCUUUGGAUCCUGAAGUCCACUGUAGCAGCCAUUGUCUUCCCAGUCAUGAUCUUGGCCUUGGUAGCAGUGAGGAAAGCGAUGGAUUACGUUUUCUCUCAACAUGAUCUCAGUUACCUGGACGAUGUCAUGCCAGAGAAAGACAAGAAGAAGAAAGAGGAUGAAAAGAAAAAGAAGAAGAAGAAGGGAAGCAUAGACAGCGACAUUAAUUAUGAAAUAAACCCACGUCUUCCCUCUCUUCAUACUGAUGGACUGCGGUUCUUUUCCUCCAAGUCUGCAUCAAGUCAGGACCUGAACCCCUUCAAGAAGACGGUGGCUCAGAUCCGAAUUGAUGUGGACAACAAAGACACCAAAGAGAACAGGUUCUUCUGGAAAGCUCCGACUGACGAAACAUCCCUGUGAAAAUCGUAGCCAUUCCUUUACUCGCCCAAAAGAUCUAUUAAACCCACGUACACCAGUUCAGGACUGAUCACAUGACCAGGCUGAACAUCUUCCAGCUCAAAAAUUGCUUGUCAGAUAUCGGCCACUGCGUCAGUACGACCCAAAGGUGUUGGGUCUGCUGCUGCACUCCGUCAGUAUUUGAUCAGGAAAGAGGACUGUAUGUAAAACUCUUCUCAUUAAGGCCUCCACAUAUGUGUAUAUGAAGGAAGGAACGAUUCAGAGAUCAGAAUCUGAGAGAGUCAGUCUUUCAGAGCCGUUUAGGAGCAAAGAAAACUCUACGCUAGACAUUUCAAUCGCCCGCCAUCUCCCCCUGUCGUCUUCUGAUCAGUCUUAAAAACAGAAUCAGGUUUUAUGGCCAAAUUGUUAACCUGAUGGAGCGUAUCGGAUCAAACAGAGCUGUAUAAAGGGCUGUUUUCAAAUCUUUCCUCAGUCGUUCUUUUUAAGCGUAUAGCAAAAUCCUUUGUACAUAAAACUUACUGAAAUCCUUCCUGCACUUAACAGCUGCCGGCUGUUUUCUUCCCGUUAGUGGGAAAUCUUCGGCGUGAAUACUAACCUUGACUCGUAGCUCUACCUCUUAGGACGUUAUAGGUGCCAGGCACUACGGUCGACCAACGGUCGAUGUCAUUGUAAGAGUGGGCACAAUGUAGGAUGUCUCUAUGAAACAUUCUGUCUUCUUGUUAUCAUCAGUAAUAACGACCUUCCCGCUGCUCUUUCGUAACGCUAUGCAGAACAGGAUCCGACAAUCAAAUCAGUGGGGAGGCUUUCUCGAGAUUAAAAUGUGAUUUUAUUACGAUAUUAUGUACUUUUCAGCAGUUUAUGGGUAAUUUUAUUACUGUGUGUGAAUAUAUUUUUACUGUACUUCGUUUUUUAACAAAGAGAUGAUUUAGCCAGGCUGCUUAGACUUUUAUACUGACGGAAAUCAACGACUUUUGAACGAGAUGACGGUGUGGAAUACGUAGCCACACCAACAAAGAACAAUCACAAGUCUUUAACUGCCAUUAUGCUGAAGCACUGUUUGAGAUUUAAACUAAUACUGUGAUUCAACACGUUUUAGACUUUCCUCCAUUGUUUUUUUUCCCCCCAAAUAGAAAUAUUAUCAGAUCUAGUCUUCCUGUGAUCAGAGAUAACAAAUCAUCUUAGACUGUCUUCCUGUGACACGCCUAGACAUUUCUUGCAGUCUUCAGACAAACUGUGCUGUCCACCUGUAUUUCUUCUGUCUGGAUGUGUACCAGCCUGCGACUGCUUGCCGAAAGUGGAAUUCGGAAACCAGUACAAGGAGCAGGAGUCGGCAUAGAGGGGCUCUGACAUCUUGAGACCUGGGGCUGUUUUACAGAAACUUCCUCUUGUUUUUGUCUUAGGUUAAGAUCUGACCGGUUAAGAUAAGAUUUCUCACAAAUUCGUACUGCAGAAGCAGGUCUGACCUUAAUUUAGGAAUCUCAUCUUAUCUUACAGCAUCUUUUCUUAUCUCAGGUUAGGAAAUCUUAACUCGAUUGAAACUGACAAUCAACUGUCGUGCCUGUUACCUAGCAACCGACCAUACGUGCACAGCCAGACAGCUAACAUUAGCUCCCAUUACUGAGGUAAAAAGCGCCCCCCUGCUGUUUAUCAGAGCAUCGCCGCACCCCAGUUUCAGUCUCCAUUUCCCAAACGCUUUGGCCGGGCGCACUAACGUCAUUCCUCCUAAUAAACAGACAUACGUUCA